UUCUUCUUCUUCUUCUUCUUCCUCUCUCUCUCUCUCUCUCUCUCUCUCUCUCUCGCCCCUAAGGAUUUUAAACAACUUUCUCUCUUAUUACUUUGAUUGGCCAUUUAAUUUCCUUCCUAUCACAACUUCAUCACUUGUUGCCUUGGUCUUCUUUUUUCCCUUUUCAUUUGAUAUAUAUACAUAGAUAGGUAUAUAUAUAUAUAUACACACACACACACCUUAAAUUGGAGUGUGGAGAGUUAGAUGAGUACUACUCCAUAUAAUAUGGGAGGGCAACAAUUUGGAGACACAACUUACACCAAGGUGUUUGUUGGAGGGCUUGCUUGGGAGACCCAAAAGGAGACCCUCAGGAAACACUUUGAGCAGUUUGGGGAGAUUUUAGAGGCUGUUGUUAUUACUGAUAAGAACACUGGGAGAUCCAAAGGCUAUGGAUUCGUUACAUUUGGUGAGCCAGAGGCCGCAACGCGAGCUUGUGUAGAUCCUUCGCCGGUGAUCGAUGGAAGACGGGCUAAUUGCAAUCUUGCUUCCCUUGGUCUUCAGAGAUCUCGACCGACAACACCUCUACAUGGAGGGAGCAGGAACUUUAGGGUUAUGAAAUCAUUUCAUGCAGCAGGCCUUCAAGGUGGAAUGGGGGCAGCUUUUCCUUCUGCUCAUGCCACCUUCCCUCAUUAUGCCAUCCAGCAAGGGAUUCCCUACAAUGUCUAUGGGUAUUCUCCAUAUUCUCUUGAGUAUGCCUAUCCAGCGAGUUACUACAAUCCCUAUGGUGGGGCAACAUCUCAAUAUCAGAUGUAUGGAGGAGCAGCAACUGGAUCAAUGGCUACGGCGCCGAAUGGAUUUUAUCCCUAUUUGCAGUUAGGAGCGGGUGGUGGCGCCGCCUCUUACGCCGGAGUGCAGUACCCGCAGAUGUUCCACUACUCAACUGCGGCCACAACGGCCGAGGCCAUGGGCUUCGGGUCCCAGCAUUACGGAGGGCCCAUCUCCGCCGCAUCGACCGCUGUGGCUCAAGCAGGUAUUACAAUGGCUCUCACUGCUCCAACUCUGCCAAGUCCCACAUCCCACCACUACAGAGUCAUCCCCACUCACUUCACUGCAUCAGCAGCACCAGAACAGUCCUUGGCCUAAACAAUGGUUGCUUCUUCUUUCUCUCUCAUCUCCCUCCCUCAAUGUGUCAGUCACUAACACAUGCCCAUGUCUACAGCAUAGGGUCUAUUAAUUGCCACAAAAUUUGAGUCCCAAAAUGACUAUUUAAAAUUAAAAUUUUCGGAAGAAAGAAAAAAGGACUAAAAAAAGAUUGUGGGUUUAAAUCAUGAACUGUGGUGGUCUAGUGUGUCAUCUUUAAUCACAAUGAUCACUUUUAUAAAGUAUAAUUAGGACCCUUUUAAUCCAAACUGGGGUUUCAAAUUCCCAAGUAAUCUAACAGUUCAAUGCUCAAAAACAAUCUUAUUUGCAUAUUUGGUGAGAUGCUAGUGUUAAUGACUAGUGUUGGUCCAUAAAUGUUCUUUGUCUCAGUAGAGUUCAGUGUAACUUAAAAUAUGUCCAGCUACUCUAGCUAGUGUAGAUUUUAAUUAGUUCUUUUAUGUAGAUCAAUGUGGCUUAGACUCUGAGGAGAGUUUUAUAGGCCCCGAGUCAGUGGCUGGUUUUGGAUCACAGCUACUGUUUGUUUUUGGCAUGUUUCUCUGGUACCUGUUUCUAACAUUACUACUACAUGUGUACUCCACAUAUGGUUGUGGGGUACCAACAAUUAAUCAUAGGAGAGUUUUAUUCAAUCCUAUGGAUAUACAACUAUUAGUUAUUUAUUUUGGGUCUCUUUAAAACCCCUUCUACAGCACCAUGGUUAGGUCCAAGGCCUCUCUCUCUCUCUCUCUCUCUCUCUCAUUUGCAGUGUGGUACUUUCAAUUAGCAAACAUACAAAGCUAUGGUUUGUAAUAAUUAACAUGUAUUUGCUUGUGUGGAACAAGCCCGUGAUUUGGCUUUAUAUUUUGGAAUCAGAUGACAAUUUAAUUAGCUAAUGUAUGAAACAGACAUGUGUUAAGCAAUUGUGGCAUCUAAGAAUUACUCUUAACUA